AUGUCUGCUCUAUCUGAAGCUCAGCCCGCCGCGGGCACAUCUGCUACAACUGCGGACGCGCCGGAACCCAUCGUGCCACUUGGGAGACAAAUCGUCCUUAUACUUGUCGGUCUGAUUGGGUCCGGAAAGUCAACAUUCGCCGAAGCCCUAGAACGCUACUUUCCUGAUUUUCGCCGGUGCAACCAAGAUGAGCUCGGUGACCGACGUCGCGUGGAGGCACUGGCCAGGCGAACACUGUCCGACGGCUUCUCCGUGUGUAUAGACAGGACCAAUUUCGACGAGAGUCAACGCGCCAAUUGGAUCAACAUCGCUCGCGAGUUCGCUCAAGCGGAGCCUUGGGUGGUCGUGUUUGACACGCCUUUUGAGGUCUGCGCGGCAAGGAUAAGCACACGGACUGGACACCCAACUAUUACGAGUCCUCAGCAGGGGAUGGAGGUGCUGCGACGCUUCCGAUCGCAAUUCCGCCCUCCCGCCCCCCAUGAAGGACACACUCGCAUCCUGCGCCUCACGCCAUCUGAUUGCCCCGAUAGCGGGUACACAGAAGCAGAGGUCCGGGAAGUCAUGCGGCGCCUUCGCGAAUCGCCAGAAGUGGUUCCUGUCGCGCAUCCUCGAUUCCAGGGAGGCGGAUAUAAUCGCGGCCUGUCGCAACAACGCGGUUUCCGACAACAGGGUUUUCAGCAGCGAGGGUUCUACCCGCGAGGCGCGUCGUCGUCACAUCGCGGCAACCCAUACGAGCGUGGCGGACGUCGAGGCGGCGCUACGUACCAGACCACGCUGCCAUGGGCUCGGCGGGACGGGGAAUCUAGCGGUACUUCUGCCGGGUCUGGGUAUAUGCACGCUUCGGACGCGCGACGAUCAGGUUAUCAGGCUGGGGACGGGUCACGCAAUUGCGACCGGACGCAAGAGAGCUGGAGACGAUCGUGAGCGCAGAGGUAAUUUUGACAUGUAUUAUAUUUUCUUGGGAAC